AUGUGCGACACCGGGCCGGUACCACCUUCGCCAUGCGUGCGGCCUCUGCUAUCGGCACUGCACCUGUGGCGAGUGACGCCGACAGAGGAAUCACUCCGCAAGAUCAUUCGGCCGUCGAAGGGGCAACUGCCGAUUGUCCUUAGAGCUACCCGUAUGGCCGGUCGAAAAGUGGUCCUGAGCGUGUGGGCCGUGUCAGACGGGGAAGCCAUGACUGUCAGCGUCUAUGAUCACAAGGCCGUUCAAAACCUGGAGAUCACCUUGCUGUGUGGCUGGUGGGCGGAGCUUGGGAUUACGGGUCUCAAGUCCAUGGCACCUGCGGGGCUCAGCGGGUUAGCAGCAUACUUGGUGCAAAGCAUCUCGCUUCAGAUCCCGCAGCCAGACCGCAAGGGACGGGUGGACAUGUCGAAGGCUUCGCUGCAGUUCAGCCCAGGCCCACCGCCGCCCCGGUUCGAGUUCGGUCCUUCCCAGUUCGACCGAAGAAACCCUUCCGAUGGCAGCGAAGCGGGCGACACCUUGAGGCCACCAGUGGGGGGCAGGACGGCGAGCCGCGUUGUGUGGAGGGGCAUCCGCACAUUGAGGCGGCGAGCCGUGCUGCUGGCAUGCGCUCGGAACAUCACCUUCCAUGAAGAUGAUUGGAAGACUUGGAAGGACGUGACCGAGCCAACAAAGGUGGCCACGGCUUCCUUCUUUGCAACGGCAAGAGAAGGUGAUGAGCAGCGGGAGCCACAACACAUCGCUUCGCAUGGCCCAGCACGAUCCAAAGAACAAGACCAACGCGACAAAGGCGACGACAUCCGACAAGGCUCUUCCACCGCUGCCACCACGCUUGAAGGUAGAGCAGGCUCAUCGACCGAUAGCGGAGCUGCUGCUUCUAUUUCUGAUACCGGCAGUGUGGACGAAACUCAUAACGUCCCCGGCUCGAGCGGCUCCGUCACCGUCCCAAAGAGAAGCCCCAUCACCGCCGUCGCAACCGACCAGGCCAGCACCGAUCGCUUGUGCGAGGCUAUCGCUGAUCGUGUCGAGGUGCGCUCGGAAGGGAGGGGCGGGAAGAUUGCGCUAAGAACGACACGGCGGCGUGGAGCGGGAGAAGCGAAGGCCGGCAGCGGCAGCGGCGGUAGCAAGCAGGUGGGGGCGGGUAGCAGGGGCGGAGCGGGGCACGGGCAUGAGGAGGAGGAGGAGGAGGAGGGGGGCAGGGAGGAGGAGGAGGAGGAGGAAGAAGUGGAAAAGGAUGAGGAUGAGGACAGGGACGCGGGGCGCGCUUCUAACGAAGGGUUGUACGGAGGGCGGCUAGAGACGUUGGGAGGGACGGUUGGAAGUGAGAUUGGUGGACACGACUCUCGGGGACAGGAGAAGGGACAGGUAAUCCGGUACAAAAUGUGA